AUGAGUCAUGGGGGUUUGAUCGUUUGGUUGGGAGGUCUAUCUACCCAAGUUCCUCAAACAAACAAAGGAAACGGCCCUCUGCAGCGACGGAUAAUCAAGCUCACAUCACAACCACCGUUGGUCGCACUCUGUUCUUCUGCUUCACUUAGAGGAGCUAGGCAUGGAUUUUCUUGCACAUUUAAUAGACAUAGCUUGUUCCGGUUAUGCUUAGUUGAAGAUGUUCCGACCAUUGCUUCAUCUCCUACCACAACUUUUCGAUCUUUCACUCCCUAUAAUUCCAUAUAUACAAAAACUUACGAGACACUGAGGCAUCUUUUGAGAGUGCCCCCUGUAUGUUCUCCAGCAGCUUUUGAUUUACAGCAGAAAUCAAAUAUCAUUGGAAGUCAUGGAAUUCUGGGAAAGUUUCUACCUUCUAGAUACAUAAGUAAUUCGUCAGUUGAACUGAAGACCCAAAACAAUGUUGUACGCUUCUCUCUGUAUAAGCCCGAUGAUAUUCGCUCUGCAAAGAACAGUCAGAUUAAGAAAACAGUGAAAAAAUCUAGGAGUGCCAAAGUGAAUGAGCUCAAAUUCUAUCGUUUGAAGGCAAAACAAAAGAUGUACUCUCCUAAUCCAGAAGUUAGAAUUCGCUAUAAGCUUGAAAAGGCCAAGCGAAAGGAAACAUGGUUGAUUGAAAAGCUUAGGAAAUUUGAUGUACCGAAGCUACCAGCAGAAACAUUUGAUCCUGAAAUUUUAACCGAGGAGGAGAGACAUUACUUGAAGCGCACUGGAGAGAAAAAGAAACACUAUGUUCCAGUUGGAAGACGAGGAGUGUUUGGUGGGGUAGUUCUAAACAUGCAUCUGCACUGGAAGAACCAUGAGACAGUAAAGGUUAUAUGCAAGCCUUGCAAACUGGGUCAGAUUCAUGAAUAUGCUGAAGAGCUUGCUCGACUAAGCAAAGGCAUUGUGAUUGACAUCAAACCCAAUAAUGUUAUAAUUUUUUACCGUGGAAAGAACUAUGUACAGCCAAAAGUAAUGUCACCUCUAGAUACAUUAUCAAAAGCGAAGGCCUUGGAGAAAUAUCGGUAUGAGCAAUCCCUUGAGCAUACUAGCCAGUUCAUUGAAAGGUUGGAGAAAGAGCUUGAAGAGUAUCGUGAGCACGUUGCGAAGUUUAAAAAAGGGAAAGAAGAUACAACAACUUAAGAUGGUAGUGUGUACAUUAGUAUGUUACUAAAUGAUGCUUGAUUUAGUAAUGAAAAUGUUGGACGGAAAUUCAUUUAUGUGUUUUUGUAGAAGUAAAAUGCUAACGACAUACUUUUUAAUAAUCCUUUCCAAAUAAUUUUAAAAAAAGAACACGGGCUCUCUCUUGAGGUUUGUAGUUAUUUACUCAUAGACUAAGAUAGCUUGACUAUUUUUGCGGACAGCGACCGACACAUGUAAUCUUGUUAACUCUUGAGGAAAUGUAAAUUCCGGCAUUUUCGUA